GCACCAGUUCACUUCCCUCUCUCAGUUCCCCCCAGCAAGCCAGGAAAAGACGCUGAGUCGGACUUCGGCUCUUUUCUCUGGUCCCUGUUUGAACGUGUCGGACCCUCCACUCCCACCCACCGCCCUGCAACACAAACAUAGCCUGACCAGUCCUUAAUUUCCUGGAUCUGCUCUUUGUUACCAGAGCCUUUACCCUCAUCUGCUUCAAUUCCAGGAGAGAGAAGAAGACUUAUUUCUUCCUUUUAGCGGAUUGAUUUCUGACUGAACCUGGAUUGUUUUCCUUCUUGUUGUUGGGCUCCCGCUGCAGGACCAGAGCUGAUGCUUCCACCAAUGUAAUUAGCUCGGCUACUGUCAAAGAAACCGGUUUAAACGUCGGAACAAAGGGACGUUGAAGGUCUUUUUCCCCGACCCGGUCUGAAAACCAUAAUUCAGCACUGCAGUUGUCAAGUUGGAGCCCUGCUGGGAAAUGGACAAACCCCUCUAAAGUGACGACGCUGCUCUGCCUCACCAACACAAGCACAGGACGUGAUUUGGACGAGGACCCCCCCGAGUGGAGCAAGAAGAACAUGUUUACUACCCUGUUUCUAUGGUAACCCAAGAGGAGCAUGCACGUCCGGGUCAGGAGUUAACCUCAGCGCUCAUCUCCUCCGCCUGACUCCUGUGAGAACUACACUACCCAUAAUUCCUGUAAACUGACAACCCAAUUUGACACUUAGAUCAGUUUAAGAAAGACACUCAGAGGAGCAAAAACUACGACGACACUACCACAACGCUGCUGUGAGGACGACCAACAUGGCCAACAACACGGCAGACCACCCUCCGGGGAACUCGGUGGCAGAGGGCAACCAUGACGGGGACUUUGGGGUGACCGUGAUGGAACUGAGGGAACUGAUGGAGCUGCGGAGCGCAGAGGCCGUCAACAAGAUACAGGACGUGCACGGAGACGUGCAGGGCAUCUGCCGCCGCCUGAAAACAUCCCCUAUAGAAGGUCUGUCCGGUAACCCCGUUGAUUUGGAGAAACGUCACGCGGCGUUCGGCAAGAACUUCAUCCCCCCCAAGAAGGCCAAGACGUUUCUGCAGCUGGUUUGGGAGGCUCUGCAGGACGUCACACUUAUUAUUCUGGAAAUCGCUGCCAUCAUCUCGCUGGGCCUGUCCUUCUACCAUCCACCAGGGGGCGACAGUGAAGCAUGUGGCCAGGUUGCAGGUGGCGUGGAGGACGAGGGCGAGGCCCAGGCUGGCUGGAUCGAGGGCGCCGCCAUCCUGUUCUCGGUCAUCAUCGUGGUCCUGGUGACGGCCUUCAACGACUGGUCCAAAGAGAAGCAGUUCCGCGGGCUGCAGAGUCGCAUCGAGCAGGAACAAAAGUUCACCGUCAUCCGCAAAGGCCAGGUCAUCCAGAUUCCUGUGGCCGAGCUGGUGGUGGGAGACAUCGCUCAGAUCAAAUAUGGAGACCUGCUGCCUGCUGACGGGAUCCUGAUCCAAGGCAACGACUUGAAGAUUGACGAGAGCUCCUUGACUGGAGAGUCGGAUCAGGUCCGAAAGUCUAUGGAGAAGGACCCUAUGCUGCUGUCCGGUACGCAUGUAAUGGAGGGAUCAGGCAGGAUGGUGGUGUCAGCCGUCGGCCUCAACUCUCAAACCGGCAUCAUCUUUACUCUGCUGGGCGCUGGCGAGCACGACGAAGAGAAGAAGGUCAAGAAAAGUAAAAAACAAGGACCCCCCGAAAAUCGCAACAAAGCCAAAACCCAGGACGGCAUUGCCCUGGAGAUCCAGCCGCUGAAGAGCGAGGAGGCCACCGAGUCGGAGGAAAAGGAGGAGGCUAAACCGGUGAAGAAGGUUAAUGUAACCAAGAAGGAGAAGUCGGUGCUGCAGGGCAAACUCACCAAACUGGCUGUACAGAUCGGGAAGGCUGGUCUGAUCAUGUCGGCUCUGACGGUCAUCAUCCUCAUCCUCUACUUUGUGAUCGACACCUUCGCGGUCCAGGGUCGGACCUGGGUGGCCGAGUGCACCCCCAUCUACAUCCAGUACUUUGUCAAGUUCUUCAUCAUCGGCGUGACCGUGCUGGUGGUGGCCGUUCCCGAGGGGCUGCCGCUCGCUGUCACCAUCUCUCUAGCCUACUCCGUCAAGAAAAUGAUGAAGGACAACAACCUGGUGCGUCACCUGGACGCCUGUGAGACCAUGGGCAACGCCACGGCCAUCUGCUCGGACAAGACGGGCACGCUGACCAUGAACCGCAUGACGGUGGUGCAGGCGUACGUCGGCGACACGCACUACAGAAAGGUCCCCGAACCAGAAGCCAUUAAAGCAGAGACUCUGGAAGUUAUGGUCAACAGCAUUGCUAUCAACUCGGCGUACACCACCAAGAUCCUGUCUCCGGAAAAAGAAGGUGGCCUUCCCCGCCACGUAGGCAACAAGACCGAGUGUGCUCUGCUGGGCCUGGUGCUGGAGCUGAAGAGGGACUACCAGCCAAUCAGAGAUGAGGUCCCCGAAGAGAAACUCUACAAGGUUUACACCUUCAACUCCUCCCGCAAGUCCAUGAGCACGGUGCUGAAGAACGCUGACGGAGGUUUCCGCAUGUACAGCAAAGGAGCAUCAGAGAUAGUCCUGAGAAAAUGUUCCUAUAUCUUGGACGCCCAGGGUCACCCUCGCAUCUUCAAGCCGAAGGACCGUGACGAGAUGGUGCGUAAGGUGAUUGAGCCGAUGGCGUGCGAUGGCCUGAGGACCAUCUGCGUGGCUUACAGGGACUUUCCCGCCGAUGCAGGGGAGCCAAACUGGGACAACGAGAACGACAUCUUGAAUGACCUCACCUGCAUCGUGGUGGUCGGCAUCGAGGACCCCGUCAGACCUGAGGUACCUGAGGCUAUUACCAAGUGCCAGCGUGCGGGCAUCACUGUACGUAUGGUUACCGGAGACAACAUCAACACCGCCCGCGCCAUCGCGACCAAGUGUGGCAUCCUGCUGCCCGGCGAGGAUUUCCUGUGUAUGGAGGGCAAAGAGUUCAACCAGCAGAUCAGAAACGACCAGGGAGAGGUGGAACAAGAGCGUCUGGACAAAGUUUGGCCCAAACUGCGCGUUCUGGCUCGUUCCUCGCCAACAGACAAACACACUCUGGUCAAAGGUAUCAUCGACAGCACGGUGGGUGAAACCCGACAGGUGGUGGCGGUGACGGGAGACGGUACCAACGACGGCCCCGCCCUCAAGAAAGCUGAUGUCGGCUUUGCCAUGGGCAUUGCCGGCACGGACGUGGCGAAGGAAGCGUCUGACAUCAUCCUGACUGACGACAACUUCACCAGCAUUGUCAAGGCCGUGAUGUGGGGAAGGAACGUCUACGACAGCAUCUCCAAGUUCCUGCAGUUCCAGCUGACCGUCAACGUGGUGGCCGUGAUCGUGGCGUUCACCGGCGCCUGCAUCACACAGGACUCUCCUCUGAAGGCCGUCCAGAUGCUCUGGGUCAACCUCAUCAUGGACACUUUGGCGUCUCUUGCUCUGGCCACCGAGCCGCCCACCGAGUCUCUGCUGCUGCGCCGGCCGUACGGCCGCAACAAGCCUCUCAUCUCCAGGACCAUGAUGAAGAACAUCCUGGGUCACGCCGUGUACCAGCUCGUCAUCAUCUUCACACUGCUCUUCGCUGGUGAGUCGAUUUUCGACAUCGACAGCGGCCGCAACGCUCCCCUGCACGCGCCGCCGUCGGAGCACUACACCAUUGUCUUCAACGUGUUCGUCAUGAUGCAGCUCUUCAACGAAAUCAACGCCAGGAAGAUCCACGGGGAGAGGAACGUGUUCGAGGGCAUCUACAAGAACCCCAUCUUCUGCAGCGUAGUACUGGGGACCUUUGUCCUGCAGAUCAUCAUCGUUCAGUUCGGAGGGAAGCCCUUCUCCUGCACGGCUCUGACCAUCGACCAGUGGCUGUGGUGCGUUUUCAUCGGUGUGGGAGAGCUGCUGUGGGGACAGCUGAUCUCCGCCAUCCCUACCCACCGCCUGAAGUUCCUGAAGGAGGCGGGCCACGGCACCACCAAAGAGGACAUCCACGAGGAGCAUAUGACGGAGGGCGCCGAUGAGAUCGACCACGCCGAGAUGGAGAUGAGGAGAGGCCAGAUCCUCUGGUUCAGAGGGCUGAACCGCAUCCAGACACAGAUGGAUGUGGUCUAUACCUUCCAGACGGGCCAGGCGCCGGUGCCCGGCGCCCUGCGCCGCCAGCCGUCGGUCGUCAGCCAGCACAAUGACGCCACUGCCGCCAAAACUCUCUCUAGCCCCACCCACUUGGGGCUUAGCCCCUCCUCCUCUCUCGCCAACUCGGCCGGGGCUCCGCCUCCUGCUGCUGCUGCUUCCUCCUCCGCUGCAGGCAAUUAAGGUGGUGAACGCGUUCCGUAGCUCCCUGUACGCGGGGCUGGAGAGCCCAGAGUCCCGUAGCUCCAUCCACAGCUUCAUGGCCCAUCCUGAGUUCGUCCCCCAGUCCGAGGAGGAGGCUCGCAUCCCCACUAUUGAGGAGACUGGAGACGAGAUCGACCUCCUCCCCAGCGCCUCCUCUGGGGCCGGGGGAGGAGGAGAGCCGCCCAGCGCCUUCCCCCACAGCUGCGAGUCAUCC